GUGGACAGAGAACUUCCUUGUAGGGUGGAGACUCUGGAGGAGGCCUUUUUCACUCACUCACUUCCCUGUUGGCACAGUGUGGAAGACAGCAGGCAUCACGGCAGAGUCAGACACUGACUGAACUCUCACCGGCCUCUCAUUCAGGAGCAAAAGAAUGCUUUACACUGAGUUACUGAAGUUGUGGAAUGAGUCCGUGCAGGCUGUGGACGCCAAGGACUGGCAAGGAGCUCUGCAAAAGCUUGAGCAGAUCAGUGAACCCACAUCUCGCACUCUGUUCAACACUGCCUCAGCUCACCUGGCUCUGGAACAGCUGCACCCGGCCCUGAAGGCUUUAGACCUCACCAUUGCCAAGGAUGAACGUCUUGCUGUUGGCUUCUUCCAAAGAGCAGCGGUGAUGAUGCAAAUUGACAGGUUGGAGGAGGCUCUGUCAGACUGUAUCUGGGCUCAGAAGCACAUGAGAGGAAACAUGGUCAUUGACUACAGACAGUUGGGACUGCGAUUCAAACUCUACAGCUGGCAGGUUUUAUAUAAUGCAGCAGCUGUGUACUGUCGGAUGGGCCAGUGGGAGCAGGCCGGGGACGUCCUGCUGUCUGCCUCUCAGGAGAAAGGAGGAAGUCGAGGGGGAAACAUAGAGGUGGCUUUGGACAGUGUCCUGAGGAAGGAGGUCCUGACUCCUCUCCUUGUGCCUGAGGGUGUGGUGUUUCGUCCCAGAAAACAGGACGUGGAGCAGCUGCAGCAAAGAGACUUCUUGGGCAAAGCAAAGGUGAUUUCCUCCAUGAUUCCAAAUGAUGAUUUUGGAGGAUUUGAACCUCUGAGGCAGCAGAAACCUGGUUUCUAUGAGCCCAAGAUGGAUGGAGCUCAGGAUUCUCGGUACAUGCGCGUACGGGUCCCUCACAUGGCUCGGGGCCCGGGACAGUUGACUGUGCCUGGAGGGGCCAUGGUGUUUUUAUUUGGCGAGGAGGACCGGGACGGGAUGGCGACUGUCAUAUAUGAUGGACAGAGAGGAGUUCUACCAAUGUCCCUGCUCGAGCCCACAGAUGUCAAGACAUCCAAGGGCAAAAAGGAGAAUAGAUUUCCCAGUGGGAUCCCCUUCCCACCCGGACUCAAACCUCCCACCCGUCCACAGGCCCAGCCCAGCCCUGCAGGUCCUCCUCGUGUACGUUUUACCACAGACACUCCACCUCCAUCCUACACUACUGCCACCCACGCACCGCUGCCAGCCUCAGAGCCUCCCAAGUACACAGCCAACGCAGCCAGCGACCAGCAGGCCAGCUCAGCUCAGAUACAAGAUGUGGGCUCUGUGGUGGUGAAGGUCCACUACAUGUACACCGUGGCUGUGUCUGUCCCUCUGGACACACCAUACCAUGAAGUGAAGGAACAAAUCGCACAGAAAUUGGGCCAGCCUGCAUCUCAGCUGCGCCUCAGACACAAGGAGCACGGCUCUCGGGUGCUGGUUCCACUCUGUGGGGAGGUGGAGCCGGGCAGUACCAUACAGGAGGUGGCUGAGGCCGGCAGAGCCACCCUGUGGUGCCAGAUAGAAGACCCCCUGGCCAACCGUACCAUCCUCUACCAGAUGGUGGCGCUCUAUGACUACGCUGCACAGGGCCCAGAGGACCUGGAGUUCAGUGAAGGAGACACCAUUGACAUCCUGGGUCAAGUUAAUGAGGAAUGGCUGGAGGGACACUGUGCGGGAAAUAUCGGCAUCUUCCCCAGCUGCUUUGCCUACAGGGAGAACGCUAACAUCACCCAGAGUUCCGAGUUAUAAAAGCCGACAAGUUACUGUGAAGUCAUCUCUAAUAAACCUGUUUACGUUGGCUGUUUAUAGCCUCAGAACAACCAAACAACACCCUUAUAGCAGCGUACAGUCCACUCAAUAUUGACUUUAUCGUGCUAUAAAAAUAUUUCUGUCCCAUGUGGUAUCUCUGUAAUGUUAGUGAAGUGUAUUGUGAAGCAUGUCUGUGAUACUGAAGAGUAUGUUUAUAUUAAACCUGCUGUAGUUUUCCUAUAUUCUAUGUCCUGUGGUAUAACUGUACUAUUCCUGAGGGAUUCUGUAAUAUUCUAAUGAGGGUUUAUGCUGAUACCUGUCAUGUACCGUGUCAAAUACAUUUUUUCCUAAUUUGGAAUCAACUUUAUGUUACUGUAAUGUUUCUGCAGGGUUAUAAUGAUCCUGUUUUGGUAACUGUGUUUAGUGUGUUACAGCUAUGCAGUGCUGUAAAGGCUAAUAUUGCAUCCUGAUAUGUUUUCUUAAUGAAGUUACUGAAGAUGUUUAUUUAAUCUCAGUGUGGUCUUAUAGAGAAUGAUAAGCUGUGUAGAAUGAAGGUGGAAAGAAUAAAUUUUUAAAAAGCCUAAAAAACUGAUUGUUGUGGUGCCCACAGCAGCACAUUUUGAACUUACAGUGUGAAGUGACAGUGCUGGGACAAACUGUGCACAGUGAUUUGCUUUGUUUAAAGUCAUUCUAUAACAGAUUUACUUUCAUGUUUUGGGUCAUUGUCCUGCUGACCCAUCCAUGAUUUCCAUGAUUUGCAUAUGUCACACUCAUGAACAGAGGUUUUAACCAGCUCCUGAUUCCUUUACGUCUUCAGUUGUUUCUGUGGGAUUAUUUAUCACCUCAUUAAUCAUUCGGUUUUGUGCCUCUAGAGUUAUGUUAGUUGGAUAUUCACUUCUAGGGAGAGUAGCCACAGAACAAGUGUGUUUGAGUGUGUUUGUUUUCCUUCCUUUUCUUAGUACUUAUUUAGUAUUUCUUACUACAAUUUUAUUUUUUUAUGUUGACCUUCACUCUCCUGAUCCCAGGAAACGCUGUCUCAUUUUG